AUGGAUGUGAAGAUGAGUGAGAAUGAAACUAGUUUGAUUUUUGUUAUCAAUGGUGAAAAGUUUGAGCUAUCCAAAGUGGAACCAUCAACCACUUUGCUUGAGUUCUUGCGUACUCAAACUCGAUUCAAGAGUGUUAAACUCGGUUGUGGUGAAGGUGGUUGUGGUGCUUGUGUAGUUUUAAUCUCUAAAUAUGAUCCGUUACUCGAAAGAGUCGACCAUUUUACUGCGAGCUCUUGUCUCACACUACUCUGUAGCAUACAUGGAUGUUCAAUAACAACAAGUGAAGGCAUUGGAAAUACCAAACAAGGAUUCCAUCCAAUUCAUCAAAGAUUUGCUGGAUUCCAUGCUUCUCAAUGUGGUUUCUGUACUCCUGGAAUGUCUGUUUCCCUCUUCGGCGCUCUUGUCAAUGCUGAAAAAAAUGAUUCUCUAAAGGCACCAGCUGGUUUUUCAAAAAUCAAUGUUUCUGAUGCUGAGAAGUCUAUUGCAGGUAACCUUUGUCGAUGUACUGGUUACCGACCGAUCGCUGAUGUCUGUAAAAGCUUUGCAGCCGAUGUUGAUAUAGAGGAUCUUGGUUUGAACUCUUUCUGGAGAAAGGGAGAUGGCAAGGACGAAAAGAUUAGUAAGUUGCCUCAAUAUGAUCGCGAUCGCGAUCACAAGAAUAUCGAAUUUCCGAUGUUUUUGAAGGAAAUAAACCAUGAUUUGUUCAUAGUUUCUGAGAAGCAUUAUUGGCACAAACCUACUACUUUAGAGGAACUUCAGAGGUUAAUUGAAGUAAACCAUGACAACGCAACCAAGAUAAAAAUUGUUGUUCAUAAUACUGCUAUGGGAUAUUACAAAGAUAGACAAGGUUAUGAUAAAUAUAUCGAUAUAAGUGGAAUUUCUGAGCUUUUAAAGAUCCAAAAGGAUCAAACAGGGGUUGAAAUUGGAGCAGCAGUGACGAUAUCUAAAGCCAUUGAAGUGCUAAGGGAAGAAAACAGAAGUGAUUUUAUCUCUGAUUUUGUUAUGAUACUUGAAAAGAUUGCUGACCACAUGAACAAAGUUGCUUCAGGGUUUAUUCGGAACACAGCAAGUGUUGGAGGCAAUUUGGUGAUAGCGCAAAAGAGUAAGUUUCCUUCAGAUAUCGCUACUAUACUUCUGGCCGCAGAUUCAAUGGUUCACAUGAUGACCGGUUCAAAGUUUGAAUGGCUUUCACUGGAGGAAUUUCUUAAGAGACCACCAUUAGCUUUUGAAAGUGUGCUUUUAAGCAUUAAAAUUCCAUGUUUGGAAACUAUUAAAAGUGAAUCUUCGGCACCAAGAAGUAGAUUCGUCUUUGAAACUUACCGAGUUUCUCCUCGACCGCUUGGAAAUGCACUUUCCUACCUAAAUGCUGCAUUCCUUGUUCAAGUAUCUUCAUGCAAGGAUACUGAUGGAACCAUAAUAGAUACUUGUAGGUUGUCUUUUGGUGGUUUUAGGAAUAAGCAUGCAAUCAGAGCUAAACAUGUUGAAGAGUUUUUAGCAGGAAAGCUGUUAAAUGUUAGGAACCUGUAUGAUGCUAUUAAUUUGCUUAAGGAUUCUGCCACUAUUACACCUCAAGAUGAAACCUCGGAAAAUGCUUACGUUUCAAGUUUAGCAGUUGGUUUUCUUUUUCAGUUCUUUAACUCACUCAGUUGCAGUUCUGCAAGAAUAACCAAUGGUUAUUUAAAUGGUUAUACUCAUUUGCCUUCAGUCAAGGCUUCUGAUAUAAAAGAGAAUCAUAAUCAGGCUACUUUAUUGUCGUCCGGGAAGCAAGUAAUUGUAGCAGGCAGCGAGUAUAGUCCAAUUGGCGAGCCAGUCAUGAAAUCUGGCGCUGCGCUACAAGCUUCAGGUGAGGCUGUGUUUGUGGAUGACAUUCCAUCACCAACGAAUUGUCUGCAUGGAGCGUAUAUUUAUAGUGAAAAACCACUAGCCAGGAUAACAAGUAUAAAACUCAGGCAAGAAUUGGAACAUGAUGGAGUGAGAGACAUCCUUUCAAGUAAAGACAUUCCCAAUGGUGGGGAGAACCUUGGAGUAAAGCCUGUAUUUGGUAGGGAACCUUUAUUUGCCGAAGAUAUUGCUAGAUGUGUCGGUGACCGUCUUGCCUUUGUAGUUGCAGAUACUCAAAAACUUGCAGAUUUGGCUGCAAAUUCAGCUUUGGUUGAUUACAGUAUUGAAAAUCUUGAACCACCUAUCCUAUGUGUUGAAGAUGCUGUUGAAAGAUCUAGCUUUUUUGAAGUUCCUCCAUUUUUACUUCCAAAAAAUCAAAUUGGUGAUAUAUCAAAAGGAAUGGCUGAAGCAGAUCACAAGAUUGUUUCUUCUGAGAUGAAACUUGGAUCUCAAUACUAUUUCUAUAUGGAGACGCAAACCGCACUCGCUGUACCAGACGAAGACAAUUGCAUAACUGUAUACUUGUCAAGUCAAAGCCCCGAGUAUGUACAUACUACUAUAGCAAGAUGCCUUGGUAUUCCUGAAAACAAUGUUAGAGUAAUUACAAGAAGAGUUGGAGGAGGUUUUGGAGGAAAGGCCAUGAAAUCUACAGCUGGUGCUGUAUCUUGUGCACUCGCAGCGCACAAAUUACAGCGACCUGUCAGGAUGUAUCUAAAUCGUAAAACCGAUAUGAUAAUGGUCGGAGGAAGGCACCCAAUGAAGAUAACAUACAGUGUAGGGUUUAAGAAUAAUGGGAAGAUUACUGCAUUACACCUUGAGAUAUUGGUCAACGCCGGAAUUUAUGCAGAUGUUAGUCCUAUAAUACCGGGCAACCUAGCAGGCGCGCUUAAAAAAUAUGACUGGGGUGCUCUCUCUUUUGAUAUUAAGUUAUGCAAAACAAAUCAUCCUAGUAGAUCUGCAAUGAGGGCCCCGGGGGAAUUGCAGGGAUCAUUCAUCGCAGAAGGUAUAAUAGAAAAAGUUGCAGCUACACUUUCAAUGGAAGUAGAUUCAGUCAGAAGCAUUAAUCUUCACACUUACACAAGUCUUAAGGAAUUCUAUGAGGACUCUUCUGGUGAACUUCUUGAAUAUACCAUGCCUUUAAUUUGGAACAAGUUAGCUGUUUCUGCAAACUAUGAACUUAGAGUUAUCAAAGUAGAAGAGUUUAACAGUAUUAACACUUGGAAGAAAAGGGGAAUAUCUCGAAUACCGGUUUUGCAAGAGAUGAAUCUAAGACCAACUCCGGCAAAAGUUAGUAUUUUAUCGGACGGUUCUGUUGUUGUUGAAGUUGGAGGAAUUGAAAUGGGUCAGGGUUUAUGGACAAAGGUGAAACAAAUGGCUGCGUUUGUGCUCGGCACAAUUCAAUGCGAUGAAAGUGGAAGUCUCUUGGAUAAAGUACGGGUUAUACAAGCUGAUACGUUGGGCAUGAUUCAAGGGGGAAAGACUGUUGGUAGCACAACAUCAGAGGCAAGCAGUGAAGCUGUUAGGCUUAGCUGCAAUAUCUUAGUUGAAAGACUAAAACCUAUCAAGAAUAAGCUCCAAGAGGAAACGAGUUCUUCUAUCAAGUGGGAGGAUCUUAUUCUUCAGGCAUACAAUCAAGCUGUUAAUUUAUCAGCAUCUUCAUAUUAUGUACCUAGUAAUAGUUCCAUUAGUUACCUCAAUUAUGGUGCUGCAAUUAGUGAGGUGGAAAUAGAUCUUCUGACAGGUGAAACAAGAUUUCUACAAACUGAUAUUAUCUAUGAUUGCGGACAAAGUCUAAACCCUGCUGUGGAUUUAGGACAGAUUGAAGGGUCUUUCAUACAGGGGUUAGGAUUUUUCAUGCUUGAAGAAUAUGAAACAAACCUUGAUGGUUUGGUGUUGGCAGAUGGCACAUGGAAUUACAAAAUCCCCACAAUAGACACUAUUCCUCAACAGUUUAAUGUUGAAAUCCUCAACAGUGGGCAUCACAAACAUAGAGUUCUCUCUUCCAAGGCAUCUGGUGAGCCACCCUUGCUUCUAGCAGCUUCUGUUCACUGUGCCACAAGAUCAGCUGUCAAUGAAGCAAGGAAACAACUUCUAUCAUGGAGCAACUUAGAUGGAUCAGAUUCAACAUUUCAGUUGGGGGUCCCUGCAACCAUGCCUGUUGUAAAGGAAGUCAGUGGACUAGACAUUGUAGAAAGGUACUUGAAAUGGAAAAUGCACAGCAAGUAA